UUAAUCCUGGCACUGCAUCCUUAUACGAGGAAGAACCAUUUUAUUGAAAUAAAAGGUGAUUAUUAAAUUUUUUAAUGACAACUCUCACAAUUUCCAGUGCCAUGCGGUGGACCGAACUGGACCUAUGGGACCCCGAGUCUGGCCACUGGUCGCAUGUUUGACACCCGUUGUCAUAAGACAACAAUGAAAGAAAAGUAAGUUGAAUUUGAGGGAGAGUCAGACAAAAGCCAGGGAGGAGAGAGACGGUAGAGCGAGAUAGACAAAGACACAGAGAAAGAGAGAGAGAGAGAAGGAGGAGGGACGCUGUCAUCACGUACAGCCGCGGAGAGAAGGGGAAGGGCGGGGGUGAGCCUCAGCCGGUGUCUGUCUGCAGCAGCGGCCAUGCUGCCUGUCUCGGUGCAUCCCGGUCCUCCGCCGGUGUAGCCUCCCUCCUGCAUCCCCGUAUCCCAGGUCAACGGACGGACCCGGAUCGGCUCGGCUCGGUCGGAGCGGUUCAGCCCGCCAUAGCAGACCGGAGCAGACCGGAACCAGAGCACCGAGGAGGGUAAAGAGGAGAAACGCUCCAUAGCAACAAACCGGUUCCACGGCAUUAUCGUGAUGGAGGGAUGGUGAGGACACUAAAAGAGAAAUUGUGAAUGAGACAUAAAUCCCAAAUCAAGCAGGAUUAGAGGGACUGCAAGGCAUUGGCCCAGAUCUGAACCUGGAGUCGAAUGAACGGGUUGUCUGAGGUCUGCUCAUCAAAGUACAGAUUUCAAAGCCAGAUCACUGACGUUACAGCCGAGUUCCUGACACUGCAGGUAGGUGACUGUGAGGACACAGACAGAUAAUCAAGUGGAGGUUUAGGCUUGGUGGGAAAAAUCUGUAAUUCAAGGAUCAGACUUGCCUUCAUGUUCGCAUUAAAUUUGGUAAAAAUAAGGUGAAACAAAAACCCCUACCUUACAGCUACAACCCCGAACCUAUUGACCAGUGGACAUUAUGGAUUAGAGCAUGAACAAAAUACAUAAUUUCUAAGGAUUUUUAAAUUGGAUAAAGGAUAUUUUUGAGUUCUGACUUAAGCUGGAUUUACAUCAAAGUGACCUGAUGUAGUUUUGGGGAUUUCACCUGGAUUAUGAAGAUUUCAGUUGAUUUAAAUGAACUAUGACUGGUCUGAUUGCCACAGUGCCGGUUCUUCGUUCAGGCCAACUGGACUACAAAUCAUCUUAGACGUCUUAGGACUACAGCUGGUCUAUGAGAAUCUGUCUACUGGAAGGAAGUCUCCAAGUUAUAACACAUUUUUUAGGGAUUACUUAUCACAUUAUCUAAACUUGAGCAGGAUCUGGACUACAUAGCUCGGAUAAACUUUUUCCUGCUGUUUGGAGGAUGAAUCUUUUCUAACACGGAUUUCGUUGAAUGUUACUGGACUGUUAUCCGCCAUGUCUCUGAGUAAGACCCUCGAGUUGGAGCAUUUUGACGAACGUGACAAGGUUCGGCGAGGACGCUCCACCCGGGCCAAGAGAGAUGAGUCCACCAGCAGCGCUGGUGGUGGAGGGUCUGGCCCGAGCUCCAGGGGCAGCAGCCUGGUCCCUAGUCCUGCUCACAGCGCCAACUGCAGCUACUACCGGACCCGCACCCUGCAGGCGCUCACCUCGGAAAAACGAGCCAAAAAGGUCCGGUUUUAUCGCAAUGGAGACCGGUACUUUAAGGGCCUGGUGUACGCUGUUUCUAGUGACCGGUUCAGAUCGUACGACGCUCUGCUAAUGGAGCUAACACGCUCGUUGGCGGAUAACCUGCACCUGCCUCAAGGAGUGCGGGCGAUCUACACUAUAGAUGGCAGCAAGAAGAUCACCAGUAUGGAUGAGCUGGUUGAAGGCGAGUGCUACGUUUGUGCCUCCAAUGAGCCUUAUCGGAAGGUCGACUACACCAAGAUCUCCGUCCCAAGCUGGAAGCCCGGUGCCAGCGCUGGGACCGGAACGGCAAGAUCAAGCGGAGCCUCCACGGCAUCCACAGGAGUGUCGACGAUCAUCCCCAAAGAUCGCCCCGAAAGUCGAGAGGGCAGAGAGAGCAAAGACUUCAUCAAACCCAAGUUGGUGACGGUGAUCCGCAGCGGCGUGAAGCCUCGAAAGGCAGUGAGGAUUCUCCUGAACAAGAAGACGGCGCACUCCUUUGAACAGGUGCUGGCGGACAUCACCGAGGCCAUCAAGCUGGACUCUGGAGCAGUAAAGAAGCUCUACACGCUGGACGGGAAACAGCUGACCUGUUUGCAGGAUUUUUUCGGGGAUGAUGAUGUGUUUAUGGCCUGCGGUCCAGAGAAGUUUCGCUACGCUCAGGACGACUUUGUGCUCACACACAGUGGCAAAACACCGGCCUUUGUGAAUGAGUGCAGGACCAAGGUCUCUCGCUCAUCUGCCCCUCAGAAAACAACCAAGACUCCCAGCAGCUCCGGCUUCUCCUCCUCUAGGACUCCACCCAAAGGUCCGUCCAGGACAAAGUCACCUGGUCCGGCUAAUGAGGCCUCUGGAAAAUCAUCCAGGUCCAGCCCAUCCCCCACCAGCCCUGGGACUCGACGCAGCCUCAAGAUGUCACCUCGUCGUGCUUCCUCCACUGAUGUAAACGGAGAGGCCGAACAGCCAGAAGACACUGCAGAAGUGAACGGCAAUCGAACAGUUUCUUCCUCCACCAUCAACGAGAAGUACAAGGUUGGAAAGGUGAUCGGAGACGGAAACUUUGCUGUGGUGAAGGAGUGCGUGGAAAGGUCAACAGGACAGGAGUACGCUCUGAAGAUCAUAGACAAAGCUCGCUGCUGUGGGAAGGAGCACCUGAUAGAAAAUGAGGUGGCGGUCCUGAGGAGGGUUCGACAUCCGAGCAUCAUCCAGUUAAUCGAGGUGGACGAAACGCCCACUCAGCUGUUCCUGGUCAUGGAGCUCGUCAAGGGCGGAGAUCUGUUUGACGCCAUCACUUCCUCUACAAAGUACAGCGAGCGAGACGCCAGCGCCAUGGUGUUCAACCUGGCCGGAGCCAUCAAGUACCUGCAUCGAAUGAACAUCGUACACCGAGACAUCAAACCAGAGAACCUGCUGGUUUGUGAAUAUCCAGAUGGCACUAAGUCAUUGAAGCUGGGGGAUUUUGGUUUGGCGACAGUGGUGGAAGGACCGCUGUACACUGUGUGUGGCACGCCGACAUACGUCGCCCCAGAGAUCAUCGCCGAGACCGGUUAUGGUCUAAAGGUGGACAUCUGGGCGGCAGGAGUGAUCACCUACAUCCUGCUGUGUGGAUUUCCUCCUUUCAGAAGUGAGAAUAAUGUUCAGGAGGAGCUGUUUGAUCAGAUCCUCAGAGGGAAGCUGGAGUUUCCGUCUCCAGACUGGGACACCAUCAGCCUUCCGGCAAAGAUGUUGAUAAGUCAAAUGCUGCAAGUGAAUGUGGAUGCCCGUUUCACUGCCGAUGAGGUCCUGUCGCACCCCUGGGUGACGGAUGAAGCUCCUAUAGAAUCCAACACUGUGAGCAGCGCUGAAGAGCAGAACAGUGGAGACACUUUGGAAACAGAGGAACCAGAGGAACCAGAGGAAUCCCCAAUACUAGAAACCAAGCAAGUUCCCUCACCUCUGGUCUAAAACACAUCCCCCUUAUUGAAUGGAAGAACAGAACAGUCUUUGUUUGGUCCACCUAAACCCAGAAAGUUUCUUUAUAUCUGGAUGUCUCAUUAAUUUCCAGACCAGAUCAGUUCCCUCUAAUCUGUUCUAGAACCUGUUACAUGACAUCAUGUCACCUUAGUUUGAAAGCUAAAUGAGUUUUAACUUCUGGAAGCCAACAACUCUGCUUUGAAUUCUAGCUUUCUCUCGUUUCCAUUUGAAACCAAACCAAUCACUUCCUCAUGGUUCUUAUUUAAUCUCAUCUUCAGGAAAGAGAACAGAACAUAUCAGAAGUUUCUCCACCUCUUUCUCUUGGACACGUUCAUCCUUCUAAAGACCAAAAAGAGGUCCUCUCAUUUAAAACAAAUCUAGUUCAAUCUACUUGGCAUGAAACCAGUCCCAUCAUGCUUUAUGAAACAAAAUGAUUUGCUUCAAUUUUCUUCCACAAAUAUUCCCAUUUUGGCUGUGAGAUAUAAAACAAGUUCCCUCUCUUGUGAUGUGGAAUUUCUCAGUUUCUCCCCUUGCAAGUCAGCAAGUCCUGUCAGUCACCCGUCAUCUGCUUGAAUCGAACACGAUACUAUACAUCUGGUGCAGAACCUGUUACUGUUUCUUUAACCAGAAAUGUGAUUGAAGCCCAUUACAGCCACUGGAAACCAACCAAGAUCCCUCACUGAUCUUUAAUUUAUUAAUUUAUUCAAAACUAAACAUGACGGGUCAUGAAGACAUUCUUUAUUCACCAAGUGGAACCCAAAAAGUCCAGUCAAAAAUCCAGAUUUUUUUCUUUAAAUUAAGUGAAGAAAGGAAAGGAGGAGGAGGACUGGAAAACAAGCAAAUGUGGCCCAUCCUAUACCAUCUGGAAAACCAAAUAUGUAAAUUAGUGGAAAUAAUAAGUUUCCUUAGAUCAAGUGAAAACCAAACACUUCCCUUCUUACGUGAUUUAGAAAACAACCUGUGUCAUCUCAAACAAACCAAUAAGUGUUCCCCAAACUUAGUUUAGUGUCGAGAACAGUUGUUCACUAUUUUGAUUUGCUGGAAGCAAUCAUGUUCCCUUGCUUUUACUCUGGAGUCAUUUUACUUCCCUUGGUUGGAUGGACGUGCUGUUUGUUUGUUUUUUGUAUGUUUUUUCUUCUUUAUUUCUACCGGAAGCUGCACAAGUCUGCAACAAUGGGAGUUUGUUCCACUGAUAGCAAACCAGUUUCUCUACUAUUGUUUAUCCUGUGAACACCAUUCCACUUUUGGUCUGUGCCAUUAAAUCUACUGAAGACUUUUACAAGACACGUCUCUGCUGCUGAUGAGCUCUCUUAGAUUGCUAUUAAAUGCCCGUUUUGUUGUGAGACACAAUGCCCGGCUACUUGAAGGACGCACACUAUAUCGAUGCCGGGACACCACGAAGGUGCUAUUCGACUCAUCUUGUUUUAUGAUCCAGUGUCUGAUUGGACUGUAUUACCAUUUCUUGUAAAUGGCUCUUACCUCUUAUCUGAAUGACACUGGAAAAACUGAUUGGACGGCUGUAAAAAGGCGCCAACCACUUUCAUUAAGAUAUGAACACCUGACUCAAUUUCAAAUGCUCCCUCUGGUUUAGAGGUUAUCGUUUCUGUAGUCCCUGCUGCUAGGCAACCAGGAUGUCUUCCAUUUAUUCCGGGAAACGUCGCAUUUCUUCUGCCUUUGCCCUUCAGCUCUCCUUCUGCUGGCCCAAAGGACGUCUCUCAUUUCUUCUACUUGCACCUGCAAACUGGGGAGGUGAUUGAGUACUGUGCCUGUUUACGCUGCUGGUUAACUGCUUUCAGUAUCCUAAUUUUUUCUCUUACAAGUUAAAGUCCCUAGAAGUUUGAUAUUGAUUAUAGCCACACACAAAGGCUCAUUGUUUUUGCUUUGGUUUUGAAGUAUUCAGAAUUUGUCUGCAUUUUAGAAAAUGCACUUUUCCUACUGAGAGAUAUUGGCAAAUCUAAACAUAGGAUACUUCAUCACCUAUCAGGUGAUUAGCCUUAUUAGCUGGAAAAAGAGAAAAUGUUCUCUGUCCAAAGUUCACAUUUUGCUAGUGUAUUCUCUAUGAACUCUUAAGUUAAUGGUUGUACACCAAGUUUGUGUGUAGAUUAAACAAAUGAAAAUUUACACACAAACACUGAGGUUUAUAGGUUAUAGUAUAACCAGAAAAGCCUGAACAAGUAUGGUUUGUGUACAUUGAGUUGACCAUGAACUCCUCUGUAAUCAAAGUAUUCUAGAGUAAAAUUUGAGGGCAUCUUUUUUUUACAACAAAAGCUUGGCUGAAAUUGGGUCAUGUAACAGGACAGCAGGAAACAGAAGCAACACAGCGGCUGAAAAUCAAAAGGAUCAAGGGCUUGCAAUGACUCCUGACCUCUACAUGAUUGAGAUGCUGUGGCAGGACCUUAACAGAGCUGUCCAUAAACAAGUGCCCACAAACCUCGAUGAUCUAAGACAGGGGUGUCCAACUUCAGGAUUUGAGGGCCGGUGUCCUGCAGGUUUUAGAUCUCACCCUGGGUCAACACACCUGAAUCAAAUGAUUAGUUCAUUACCAGGCCUCUGGAGAAUUUUAAGACAUGUUGAGGAGGUAAUUUAGCCAUUUAAAUCAGCUGUGUUGGAUCAAUGACACAUCUAAAACCUGCCCUCGAGGCUGGAGUUGGACACCCCUGAUCUAAGACAAAGUUGUAAAGAAGAGUGAGCCAAAAUUCCCGCACAACUGUGUGAGAGACUGAUCAUUUUAGACUGAUAAAGUCAUACAGAGAAAGAUUAAAAUUCAUUGUAAAAGAUAAAAAUUAUGUGGUGCACUUAGUUUCUUUUUCAUAUAACUGUAUACUGCGCAGAAAGUAAAUAUACUGUUAAAAUAGGAAGUUAGGUUUACAUAAAUAUUAAACUACAGCACUUCAAGUUGUUAGCAAAUAGUUAACAAAUGUCAUUAAACAAUCCAUCCAUUCGCUUCCGCUUAUCCUUUUCAGGGUCGCGGGGGGCGCUGGAGCCUAUCCCAGCUGUCAUAGGGCGAGAGGCGGGGUACACCCUGGACAGGUCGCCAGUCUGUCACAGGGA